GUAGUACGUGUGGUAGUGUCACGGAGCCCCUGGUUCUCUCUCCUUGGAAGACCGCGUCCGAGCGACACCUCGUCUCUGCGCCUUACACUCACUUCAACAACCAUGGAUGGCCCAAGUAGUUGACGUUUCCUGCAACCUUCUCUUUUUAAGCUUUCUUCCGUCUGAUCAACAAGCACCGGUUUAUUGACGUUUUGACCUCGCGACUUGCUCUCUCCUUCCACCGACGGACACCAUGAAGUACAUCAUCGGCAUCGGAGGCGGCACCAAUGGAGGGAAAACCACCCUCACCAACCGCCUAAUCAAGAACCUGCCCAACUGCUGUGUCGUCGCCCAGGAUGACUUCUUCAAGCCCCAAGAUCAGAUUGCGGUUGAAGAUGGCUUUAAGCAGUAUGAUGUCAUUACUGCUCUGGACAUGGAUGCCAUGAUGACCACCAUCUACGCAUGGCUGGAGAACCCUGUGAAAUUCGAGAAGUCUCACGGCGUCAAUAACACUCUGGAUACGGAGAUCCUCCCAAAGUCCAACCAUGAGGAUGAGACUCACAUCCUCAUUGUAGAGGGUUUCCUGCUUUACACCUACCAACCUUUGAUCGACGUGCUGAACCUGCGUUACUUUAUUUCCAUCCCGUAUGAAGAAUGCAAAAAGAGGAGGUGCACGAGGAACUACACGGUACCAGACCCCCCCGGCCUCUUUGACGGCCACGUCUGGCCCAUGUACUUGAAACACAAGAAAAUAAUGGAGGACACAGAUGUUGACGUGUUGCAGCUCGAUGGAACCAAGUCAAAGGAGCAACUGUUCAACCUUGUCUAUGGGGACAUCCUGAAUAACAUCCAACAUUCUCUCUAACAAAGGUCACCUGAUCAGCUAAAAGGAGCAUGUAUUCAGCCUGCAUGAAACCAGCUCGCCUUAAGUUUCUACCUGACAGCUUAUUUUAGCUGACUGCCAUGAAUUGUUUUAAAUGAGGAAAAAAAAUGUACGUGUGUAACCGGCGGCAUCAAAUGCUGGCAUGAUUUAUAGCAACUGUAUUUAUUGCUUUUUACAGCUACACUUCAGAGAGUUGAUGGAUGUAUUCAGAGGAUGGUUGUAUCUGUCAAUAAAUGAUCCUCACGCCAA